UAUGUAGCAGAAGGGCGAAACUGGUCGGUACAGCGGCAGAGACUGAGACUGAGCGGCGCUGCAGUCAGUCCGGCACACGGAGCACGCACGCACAGCCCGCCCGGAGCCCGGUCUGAGGGUCUGGAAGCUGCGCAGAGGGCAGAGCGGGGUCGGCUCGGCUGGUCAGGGCUGCAGUUUUCGGGGAGGACGGCUGAGCUGCUGGUGUUACCCAGCUUACCGCUGAGCUGAAGCUCAAAGUCAAUGCAGCCUCCUUCUCCUCCUCAUCCUCCGCCCUCAGACCCACACCUCUACACCCGCCGCACAGCGCUGCUUACCCGGCUUUAGACCCACACACGCACCGGCGGGCGGGACCGGGCUCUUCGCUGGAGGCACCGAGACAAGUGGAGCAGGGAGGCGCGCUCUGCCCUGGCCGGACACGGUGUAUGUGAGCUGGCCGCAUAAGCCGAGGCAAAAGCGGGCUGCGUGGAUAUCUCCUCCCUUGGUGGCGGCAGGAUGGACUGGCUGAUGGGGAAGUCUAAAACGAAGCCCAAUGGAAAGAAGCCUCCAGCCGAGGAGAAGAAGCACUAUUUGGAGCCGGAGUACACUAAAGUGCGGGUGGUGGACUUCGACCUCAAAGAGCUGGUGGUGUUACCCAGAGAGAUAGACCUCAAUGAAUGGCUUGCCAGCAACACAACAACAUUUUUCAAUCUCAUCAACCUGCAGUAUAGCACAAUCUCAGAGUUUUGCACUGGUGACACAUGUCUAGCCAUGACGGCCUGUAAUACAAUAUACUACUGGUAUGAUGAGAGGGGGAAGAAGACCAAGUGCACAGCUCCUCAGUAUGUGGACUUUGUCAUGAGUUUAGUGCAGAAACUAGUGACAGAUGAAGAAAUCUUCCCAACGAAAUACGGUAAAGAGUUCCCCAACUCGUUCGAGUCUCUGGUGAAGAAGAUCUGCCGGUACCUGUUCCACGUGCUGGCGCACAUCUACUGGGCACACUUUAAGGAGACGGUGGCGCUGGAGCUGCAGGGACACUUGAACACGCUGUACGCACAUUUCAUCGUCUUUGUGAGGGAGUUCAAUCUGGUCGACCCUAAGGAGACGUGCAUCAUGGACGACCUGUCAGAAGUGCUGUGCACCCCCCUGCCCCCCUCCCCACAACAGAACCACGUGACUGAGAGAUGAGCCGCCCGCACAGCCACCGAGCCCCUUUAGCGCGGAGGAAGAGGAGGAUGAAGAGGGAGUGAGAGGAGGCCCUGGGCAGGGCCGGGCUGCUGGCAGGACUCGCAGACCCUUUGACAUCCUGAUGACUUUUUGACCACCGUAAGAAUCAGAGGAAGGGGCGGAGCUUGGGGGAAGGCAGUGCCUCUGACCAGUGCACACUGGUGUGGAAUUCCCCCCCCAAUAACAAAUAGCCCCACAUGUCUACCUACCUGCAAUCUAACUAGGAACUAUUUCUAUUCUUUUUAUUUUAUUUUUUAGCGCUUUUAUGUUUUUGUUUUUAUUUAUUUUCGUGCACAUUCUUGGUGGAUCUGAGGUUUGUGAGGAUGGCUGUUUUCAGUUUGGAUGCAUUCGCAUUGCCUAAUGCAUGAGACAGAAAGCCGGUUAGUAGUUCUGCUUUGAGUCGACGCAUAGCCUGCGCAGGUGGCCUGCACUGUUGUGUCUGCAUCACUCUGCAGAUACACUGCGGAGGUAGAAAUGCUGGAAUCCAAUACUCAAUGGCCAAUUACAGAUAUUGCGGUCAUCAUGUUGCAUAGUUACAUUUUAGGGAAGUGCAUGCCAGGCUAUAGCAAAGGCUAUGGUGUAGGUAUGCAGCUGUACACAGGGUUAUGCAUAUGCUCCUGCAUACACUCCAUGCAGAAGCAUAAAUCGGCUCAAGGCUAAAGCACUGUCUCUGCUAUUAGACCAGGGUUUUCAAUUCUGGUCCUGGUGCCCCUCUGCCCUGCUAAUGUAUGGCUUUCUCUUCUCACAUCCGAUUCAGCUCAUUAAUGAGCUCUUUCAGCGUUUCAGUGAGUGUGCAGGGAAUCCUCUUAAAUCACACCAGGUCCAGGAUUGAAGAGCUGUGUUAGUGAUGUAUUAAAUAAACUCAUAGAACCUAACCUGCCCUGACUGUUAGUUCUCCAUGACUGAGACUAAACCAUAAACACUCAUUCCUUCAUGAAGCCGGUUCCAGUUCACUUGUUCUGUCGUCUCUUCAUCGCCCCUUAGCCCUCCAAUCUCCUCCUCCCUUCUUUCCCUCUCCCUCUAUCUCUUUCCCUCUCUUCCCAUUCCCUCAUUCACAGUGAUGUUCUGAAACGUUAGAAAGGUCACAUGAUGAUGAUAAUGAAAGGUUGAACACCAGAAAUGAAUGUCCUGGUGAAAGAAGGCUGAUGAUGAGCGGUAUGGUCAUCUCUUCUCUCUCACACUCAGUGAUCAGCGUGAAGCUGGUAGAAUGUGCUAUGAUUGCAUUCAGAAUGGGUGAGACUGAUGAUUGGUUGAUGUGUGAAUAAACAGUGCAGAUGGUUUUUGUGGCAAUGCAUUGAGGAUCCAUCCUCCAGGGUUGCAGCCUUUUAUUCUCUUUUUCUUUACAGUUUGUUUUUAUUUUUUAUGUUUAUCAAAGAGGUCAUGAACAUUACGGCUACACGUGUGUAGAACAUGCACAUUCUGCUUGCAGUUAUAAGAAAUAGAUUGUAACUAUGUAAAGAAAAUCGCAAGUGGAUAACUUCAGAUUAGCCUCUAUGGAGGGAGAUUUGUUUCCUCUUUUUUUAUUUUAUUUAUUUUUGACCUUUUAUUUGCAGGGUUCUUAAGUUCUGGCUUUCUUUUAUGUAUUUUAAUUAUCUAAGUUAAAGCAAUUUAUUAUUUUAAGCUCUGCAAAUUAUAAUCUAAUAAAAGAUUUUAAAAAUGA